UCACAUAGGAGGAAGAACAAAACAAGAUGGCGUCUGACGGAGAAUACGUUGUUUUGGUUAUUAUGGUUUCUAGGUCUUAAUUACAACGUACAUGUGCACAUGUGUGUCGUUUAACAGAGUAAACGUCGUUAUUAAUUGUUUGUAUGCGGAUACAUUAGUCUGAGUGCACUUAUACGUGCUAGCCUAGCCUGCUGGUUAGCUUAGCUUGUUAGCUGCUAACAAAGAGAGGCGGAAGUGAUCGACACAUCAAAGCAGAGAUCCAAUACGUCUGUGAAGAACAUCUUUACCCUGAGCAGCAGAAGUGGAGCUUCAGGAUGCGGACGGAGGAGCCACAGCCCUCCCACAUUAAGAAGGAAGAGGAAUACCCAUUGAUCCCCCAUUUUGAAAACGUAGCGGCGGACCCACUGACAACCAGAUUUAAAGAGGAAGCGGUGGAUCCACUGAGCCCUCACAUUGAGAAAGAGGAGCACCCACUGAAACCUCCCAUUAAAGAGGAAGACCCACUGACCCCUCACAUUAAGGAUGAAGAGGAGGACCCACUGACCCCUCACAUUAAAGAGGAAGAGGAGGAACACAGCAUCAGUCAGCAGGGAGAGCAUCUUGAAGGACUGGAGGAGGUUGAUGUCACCAAGAUGCCAGUGACUGGUGUCCCUGUGAAGAGUGAAGAUGAUGAGGUCAAAGGUGAGAGAGAGGAGAGGGGAGGGGGGGAGCCUCCAAGCAGCAGCUCAACUCAACACAUGACAACAGAAGCUGAUGGAGACCACUGUGGAGGAUCACAAGCAGACAAGCUCUUAGCUCCACUAUCAGAUAGUGAGGACACAACGUCACACUCUCCUGACACUGAUGAUGAAGACUCUAAAGAUGAUAAGACAUGUCACACUGACAACACACACUUCACAUGUUCUGUCUGUGACAAAACUUUUAAAUCCAGUAAUUUGAAAAGACACAUGAGAACACACACUGGAGAAAAACCUUUUUCAUGUUCAAUCUGCGGUAAAGAUUUUACUCAUAGGCACGAUUUGAAAAUACACAUGAGAAUACACACUGGAGAAAAACCUUUUUCCUGCUCAGAAUGCGGUAAAAGUUUUGUAAGAAAUCAAAGUUUAAAAGCACACAGGAGAACACACACUGGAGAAAAACCUUUUUCAUGUUCAAUCUGCGGCGAAGAUUUUACUCGAAGGGAGCAUUUGAAAAUACACAUGAGAAUUCACACUGGAGAAAACCCUUACUCCUGCUCAGAAUGUGGUAAAAGUUUUGGGAGAAAUAGAAGUUUAAAAGAACACAUGAGAACACACACUGGAGAAAAACCUUUUUUGUGUUCAAUUUGUGGUAAAGAUUUUACUCAUAGUCAACAUUUGAAAAGACACAUGAGAACACACAGUGGAGAAAAACCUUUUUCAUGUUCAAUCUGCGGUAAAGAUUUUACUCAAAAGCACCAUUUCAAAGCACACGUGAGAGUACACAGUGGAGAACAACCUUUUUCAUGUUCAAUCUGCGGUAAAGAUUUCAUGCGAAGGGACCAUUUCAAAAAACACAUGAGAACACACACUGGAAAACAAACUUGUUCAUGUUCAAUCUGCGGUAAAGAUUUUACUCGAAGGGACCAUUUCAAAAAACACAUGAGUACGCACACUGGAGAAAAACCUUUUACAUGUUCAGUAUGUUGUAAAAGUUUUACACAAAGACAGCAUUUGAAAAGACACAUGAUAACACACACAGGAGAAAAACCUUAUUCUUGUUCAAUCUGCGGUAAAGAUUUUACUCAAAAGCACCAUUUCAAAGCACACAUGAGUACACACACUGGAGAAAACCCUUAAACAUGUUCUGUAAGUUGUAAAGGUUUUAUACAAAGUUCGUAUUUUGAAAAGACACACGUGAACACACACAGGUGAGAAAGUGUUGAGUUGCAAUGUGUGUGGUGAAAGAUUCUCUUCUAAGUACCAGUGUAAGAAACACAAGUGUGCUGGUGAGAACAGCAGCAGCAAAUGAAGAUGCAGGAUUUGAAAUAAACUGUCAAAACUUAACUUUGAACUUCUAGCAACAUCAGCACAUAAUUUCUAACAUUUAUAGAUUAUAUAUAGAUUAUUGCUUUUUUCAGUCAAGUACAUGUUUUAAUAUACAAUGUAAUAUACACAACACUUUGACUGCAAAGGUGAGAAUAAACAGGACAAAAUAUGUUGCAAAUACUUUUUAUGUGUAUAGAGAUAUUCAGAAAUAAUUUUUAAUUAAUAAUGAUGUUAUAAAUGAACACCUUUAUAUGAUGUACAUAUUUGUUUUACAUGUGUUCAUACCUUUGCUUUUGAGUACACAUAAAUCCCUCUUAGUUCAUAUUUACUGGUUCACAUCUGAAACAUCUUCUGGACCACUUCUGGAAGCAUAUUAUUAUUUACUUUAUACAAACCCAGUCUCCAUAUGAGUUGGGAAAUUGUGUUAGAUGUAAAUAUAAACGGAAUACAAUGAUUUGCAAAUCCUUAUCAACCCAUAUUCAGUUGAAUGCACUACAAAGACAAGAUAUUUGAUGUUCAAACUCAUAAACUUUAUCUUUUUUUGCAAAUAAUAAUUAACUUAGAAUUUCAUGGCUGCAACACGUGCCAAAGUAGUUGGGAAAGGGCAUGUUCACCACUGUGUUACAUCACCUUUUCUUUUAACAACACUCAAUAAAUGUUUGGAAACUGUGGAAACUAAUUGUUGAAGCUUUGAAAGUGGAAUUAUUUCCCAUUCUUGUUUUAUGUAGAGCUUCAGUCCUAGUUGUCGUAUUUUACGCUUCAUAAUGCGCCACACAUUCUCCAUGGGAGACAGGUCUGAACUGCAGGCGGCCCAGAAAAGUGACCGCACUCUUUUACUACAAAGCCACGCUGUUGUAAUACGUGGUUUGGCAUUGUUUUGCUGAAAUAAGCAGGGGCAUCCAUGAUAAUGUUGCUUGGAUGACAACAUAUGUUGCUCCAAAACCUGUAUGUACCUUUCAGCAUUAAUGGUGCCUUCACAGAUGUGUAAGUUACCCAUGCCUUGGGCACUAAUACACCCCCAUACCAUCACAGAUGCUGGCUUUUCAACUUUGCGCCUAUAACAAUCCGGAUGAUUAUUGUCCUCUUUGUUCCAUAGGACACCACGUCCACAGUUUCCAAAUAUAAUUUGAAAUGUGGACUCGUCUGACCACAGAACACUUUUCCACUUUGCAUCAGUCCAUCUUAGAUGAGCUCGGGCCCAGCCCAGCCGGCGGCGUUCCUGGGUGUUGUUGAUAAAUGGGUUUGGCUUUGCAUAGCAGAGUUUUAACUUGCACUUACAGAUGUAGCCACCAACUGUAGUUACUGACAGUGAUUUUAUGAAGUGUUCCUGAGCCCAUGUGGUGAUAUCAUUUACACACAGAUGUCGGUUUUCGAUGCAGUACCGCCUGAAGGAUCAAACGUCUGUAAUAUCAUCGCUUAUGUGCAGCGAUUUCUCCAGAUACUCUGAACUUUUUGAUGAUUUACCCGACCAUAGAUGGUAAAAUCCCCAAAUUCCUUGCAAUAGCUCGUUGAGAAAUGUUGUUCUAAAACUGUUCCACAAUUUGCUUACAAAGUGGUGACCCUCGCCCCAUCCUUGUUUGUAAAUUACUUUUUCAUGGAAGCUGCUUUUAUACCCAAUCAUGGCACCCACCUGUUCCCAAUUAGCCUGCACACCUGUGGGAUGUUCCAAAUAAGUGUUUGAUGAGCAUUCCUCAACUUUAUCAGUAUUUAUUGCCUCUUUUCCCAACUUCUUUGUCACGUGUUGCUGGCAUCAAAUUCUAAAGUUAAUGAUUAUUUGCACCAAAAAAAAUGUUUAUCAGUUUGAACAUCAAAUAUGUUGUCUUUGUAGCAUAUUCAACUGAAUAUGGGUUGAAAAGGAUUUGCAAAUCAUUGUAUUCUGUUUAUAUUUACAUCUAACACAAUUUCCCAACUCAUAUGGAAACAAGGUUUGUAGAUCAUUUGAGCAAGUUUCUUUUAUACAAGAUCAUUUUUUUGGAUUGAUUGAUUGAAACUUUUAUUAGUAGAUUGCACAGUACAGUACAUAUUCCGUACAAUUGAACACUAAAUGGCAACACCCCAAUAAGUUUUUCAACUUGUUUAAGUCGGGGUCCACGUUAAUCAAUUCAUGGUACUUUACUUUUGAAAUGUGUGUUUUUUUUUAAUCAUUUGUUGGAUCUCAAAAAUCCAUUCUUUUAAUUAUCUUUAUUACGCUCUUCCGUAAUAUGAAUAUUGUUUUAUAUGUAUGUCCCCUUUAUGCAAUAUGUAGAUUACAGAAAAUGGCAACAUUAUAUGUGGAAAGUUAUGAAGGAUAGUUUUGUUUUUAAUAAUCUACAUUUAUUAUUAAAAAACUACACAUGACAA